AUGGCGAGACGCACCAAGCAGGUUGGAAUCAUCAGUAAAUACGAGACCCAUUAUGGCGCCUCCCUCAGGAAAAUGGUGAAGAAAAUUGAAAUCAGCCAGCACACCAAGUACAUUUGCUCCUUCUGUGGCAAAACCAAAAUGAAGAGAAGAGCUGUGCGGAUCUUGCACUGUUGUUCCUGCAUGGAAACAGUAGCUGGUGGUGCCUGGGCCUACAAUACCACCUCGGCAGUCACAGUAAAGUCUGCCAUCAGGAGACUGAAGGAAUUGAAAGACCAGUAG